AUGGGUGAUGUUGAAAAAAAGUACAUGAAUCAUAUAAAAGAAUUUAUUCAGACAUUUUGUUUUGCAAAAAAUGUAGAAAUUAUUAUGGACGAAUCAAAUCUUAAAACAAACGUUAAAACACAUAAAGAAAAUAAUUGUAAAGUAAUAAAUAUAUAUUCUUGUUAUGCUAUAUGGCUAUGUAUGAAUGAAAUAUAUCCUUCAUGGUUUGACAUUUCAAUACACCCUGCUCAAUUUGAAACUGAAAUAGACGCAUAUGAGUGCUUAUUAAAAUAUAUAAAUGAAUAUCAUGAAAAAAAAUAUGAAAAAAUUACAAAACAAAUUUUAGACAAACUAUCAGCUCUAACAAUUAAUGAGUUCAUAGACAUAUAUAGCUUGAUCAUAUUAGCAGCCCUUGUUUCAGAUGAUAAGCAAAAACAUAUAAAUAACAUCUUAUCAGUCAGUCAUGAAACACAAAAAUAUAUACAUAAUGUGGUGGAACUCUUAGAUAAGGAGGAGAGUGAUAAUGAAGAAAAGGGACUAUCAGAACAAAAUUCAAAAGAUAACGCAAUUAUCAAUGAAUCGUUGAAAACCGAAAUAAAACAAUUAAAGGAAAAGGUAAAAUACUUCGAAAUGGAAAAUGAUAACCUAAACAAUUCUAUUACAGAAAAAAAUAAAAUUAUUGAGGAAGAUAAAGAAAAAAUGAGUAAUCUACAAAAACAAAUAAAUGCCGAAUGUGAAAAAACAAAAAAUCAAUAUAUGAAUCAAAUAGAAGAACAUGAAAAAAAAAUUAACGAAUUACAAAACAAUUUAGAAAAACAAAUGAAAGAUAAGUUACAUAUAGAAAAUGAUUUAAAAAAUAAAAUAAAAGAAUUAGAAGAUGAACAAAAUAUACUUAAACAAGAGAAUGCAAAUAUAGACAUCCUACAAAAUAAAAUUAAUACAUAUAAAGAAAAAUUAGAAAGUAUGAUGACAAUUCAAAAUAUAAACAAAGAAUUAGAAGACAAGCUUAAGGAAAAUACACAAAAAAUGGUUGAUAUGGAAGGAGAAAUGGAAAAAUUGAAAAUAGAAACAACAAAUAUAAAAAUAUACAAGGAUAAAUGUGCAGAUUUGGAUGCCGAUUUGGUAAAUAUGAAGACAGAGAAUGAGAAAUUAAAACAGGAACUUUCAGAAAAAAACAAAAUCGUACAACAAUUGAAAAAUGACCUAGAUAUGAAAACACAUUCUUAUGACAUGCUGAAGAAGGAACAAAAUAUGGAUAACAUUAACAUUGGAUUAAGUAACGUAGAUCAAACUGAAGAAUUAAUAAGAAUCAAAAAGGAAAAUGAAAAUCUGAGAAAACAAAUAGGAUCAUAUAGCAAUGAAGAUAUAAAAAAACUUGAAAAUGAAAUAGACGACUUAAAAAGAAUCAAUGAAAAGUUGGAGCAAAAAUUUUCAGAAAAUAAGGACAAGGAAAACAUUAAUAACGAUCAGAAACUACAAGAAAAAUAUAAUAAAUCCUUGAAUGAUAUUGAAGAUAAAAAAAAAGAAAUUGAAGAACAACAACAAAAAAUUGAUGAACAAGAAAAAUUAAUUAAUGACAAACAACAAAAAAUUGAUGAACAAGAAAAAUUAAUUAAUGAAAAACAACAAAAAAUUGAUGAACAAGAAAAACAAUUUGAACAUAAAAAAAAAGAAGUUGACGAAAAACAAAAAUUAGUUGAUGAAAAACAAAAAUUAGUUGAUGAAAAACAAAACCUAAUUGAUGAAAUACAAAAAGAAAUUAAAAAUAAACAAAAUGAAAUUGAUGACAAAAAAAAAACUAUUGAAAAGAAAAAGAAGAAAAUCGAAGAAAAACAAAAAGAAAUUGAACAAAUAACAGAGGCUAAUCGAACCCUACAAAUGCAAUUAUCCAGUAAUCAAGGAAGUUCAGACCAAUCAUUAAAUGAAAAAUUGAUAAGGUUGGAAGCCGAGUUAUUAAUGGAGAAGAAAAACACUGAACAAAUCGAAGAAACAACAAAAAAUAAAUUGAGCAAAGAAUUUAAUACUGCAUUACAAAUCUUUAAAGAACAAUUACAAAUUAGAGAAAAGGAAACUGAAUAUUAUAAGGAUGCACUGAAAAAACAAAUUGAUACUACAAAUGAUGAACAAAAAUUAUUAAGUGAUAUUAUUCAUAAUUUGGGACUAAAAUACAAACAAUUACAAACAUAUAACCUUUCCUUAAGAAACGAAAUUACAGGAAUCAAAUUGAGAGCUCAGACAUGUGCAGAAUAUGAGAAAAAAUAA